UGGGGGAGGGGCCAGAGCGGAGCGAGCGGCUAAGAUGGCGGCGGCGGCGGUGCUGGAGUUCCAGCGCGCGCAGUCCCUGCUUUCCACCGACCGCGAGGCCUCCAUCGGCAUCCUGCACUCCAUCGUGAAGCGUGAUGUCCAGGAAAAUGACGAGGAAGCAGUGCAAGUCAAAGAGCAGAGCAUCCUGGAAUUGGGAUCGCUCCUUGCCAAGACGGGACAAGCUGAAGAACUUGGAGGACUUCUGAAAUACGUUCGACCCUUCUUGAAUUCCAUCAGCAAAGCAAAAGCAGCCCGCUUAGUCCGAUCUCUUCUUGAUCUGUUUCUUGAUAUGGAGGCAGCUACUGGACAGGAAGUUGAUCUGUGCUUAGAGUGUAUUGAAUGGGCCAAAUCUGAGAAGAGAACUUUCCUGCGCCAGGCCCUGGAGGCUAGGUUGGUGUCUUUGUAUUUCGAUACUAAGAGGUAUCAAGAGGCAUUGCAGCUAGGCUCUCAGCUUCUGCGUGAGUUGAAAAAGAUGGAUGAUAAGGCUCUGCUGGUUGAAGUGCAGCUGUUGGAAAGCAAAACAUACCAUGCCCUCAGCAAUCUGCCAAAAGCAAGAGCAGCUUUAACCUCUGCACGGACCACAGCCAAUGCAAUCUAUUGCCCACCCAAACUGCAGGCAGCACUGGACAUGCAGUCAGGUAUUAUCCAUGCAGCAGAAGAGAAGGACUGGAAAACAGCCUAUUCAUAUUUUUAUGAAGCAUUUGAAGGAUACGAUUCAGUUGAUAACCCCAAAGCCAUCACUGCACUCAAAUACAUGUUGCUGUGCAAAAUCAUGCUCAACGCCCCAGAGGAUGUCCAGGCAUUAGUGAGUGGGAAGCUUGCUCUGCGGUAUGCAGGAAGACAGACAGAAGCACUGAAAUGUGUGGCACAGGCCAGCAAGAAUCGGUCACUGGCAGACUUCGAAAAGGCUUUAACAGACUAUAAGGUGGAGCUCAGGGACGAUCCCAUUAUAAAUACGCAUUUGGCAAAGCUGUAUGAUAACUUAUUGGAACAAAAUCUGAUCAGAGUCAUUGAACCCUUUUCCAGAGUACAGAUUGAGCACAUAUCCAGUCUCAUCAAGCUCUCAAAGGCUGAUGUAGAAAGAAAACUGUCACAGAUGAUCCUGGACAAGAAAUUUCAUGGGAUUCUUGACCAAGGAGAGGGAGUCCUGAUUAUCUUUGAUGAGCCACCAGUAGACAAAACUUAUGAAGCUGCCCUUGAGACUAUUCAGAAUAUGAGCAAAGUAGUGGAUUCACUCUACAACAAAGCCAAGAAGCUAACAUAGAGCUGAACUUGGUAGCUGUCAUAUGGAGAGUGUGUGUGACAGGAGAGUGAAACCUUUGGGAAAAUGCUAGGAGACUUUUUCUUUGUUCUACUUUUCGCUCGGAAAGUUUUUAAACUUCCUCAUCCGGUGCAUCUUGUAUUCCAUACGAUGCGUGUUCCAGUUUCCAUGUAACCUUUAUUGGCCGAACUUUGUAUCGGGGGGGGGGGGGGGGGGGAAUAUUGUUUAAACAACGAGGGUGUUCUAAAUAAAAGGAAAAAGGCUUACACUACCUAAACAUGUGCUUUCCACUUCCUGUGGGAUGUCAGAGUAAAGCAGGGACAAGGGUUUGUUACCAAUAGGUGCCCAACUGCUAAGAAAACAGUUUUUUCAUCUCUUCCUCUACUCUGAAACCCAGACUUGCUGAUGGUAUACAUAGACAGUAUAGCUUUUUUCCAUUUGUACCUAACCAGAAAACCCUAAUGAAUGGACUGCUGGUUUAUUUUUUUAAAUCUUAAAUAUAACCACUAGUCAGCUCCCCAGUGACUCUUUCCUGAAGUCUUUUGCAUAUGGGGAGAUCCCACUUCAGAACUAUCAGUGUGCUAUAGUAGCCCAAAUUUAAUUCAGAGAGUAGAGAUAACUGCAGUAACUGACAGUAAGCCAGUUUCUAACAAAGGGAACAGCACAGGUUUCCCUGGAAACCUGUAAUGCAUGCUAUUGUUUUAAAAUAGACUAGGUUCUAAAUGUUUUAACCUUUCGCCCCCUUGCUGCCCCCUCACCUCCCCCCACAUUGUCAGGAAGAACAGGUGAGCAGGUAUUUCCCGAAGUGUUCGCCUCCCUCUGAGCGCCAAACGUAUUGUCCGAGUGGGUAGGCAGUCUGUUGCCCUGUGCACUGAUCAGAUUGUCAUGACUUACCUCUGCUGUACAGUGUUUCCUUUUAAACAUCUAAUGCAAGGCAGCUCGGCCCUUCUGGAAGGACCUAGCGUAGCACUCGCUAGGGAUGUUCCUAGUUACUAUUUCAAGGUAAUAAGUGUGUGUUGGGGGGGUGGAGCACUGUGUAUUCCAGCAUGUUUCAUUUUAUGGUGAGAUUACUAGCAAGGUUUUAAUGCCUUUUGGGCAGUGUAAGCUUCUGCAUCUCUGUUGUGCUGAUCUUUUAUUUUCCUUUCUCCUCUGUCUCCCUUUCUCUUUCCCUCCAUGUUUUCUUACUAAAUUUAUAUUUUGUAAAAGGAUUCUGUUUUAUUGAGGGAUAUUUUGCCUUCACACUAAAAUCUUAGACUGGCUGAUUUUUCUGCUUUGUCCACAUUUUAACUUUGAUUUUUUUUUCCUUAACUCUCCAUCUCAUCCAGUCAGUCACUGUUUGGGUUUUUGGCACCAUCAAUAUCAAAUGUACAAACGGUUCUUGCUAACCAACACCAGGUAUAUCUGAUGUUCAGAUGAGUUCCAAUAAAAUAUUUUUUUUUUCAAAA